CAAAACGUACGCGCGUGGAGUGUUAACUUAUAGCCGGCAGCUUUUUUUUAUUAACCGAACUCGCGUGUUUUCACAAAUAAUCUAUAUUUUUCUCACUUAAAAUGAUUAACAAUAAGUAAUUAUUCGGAUUCUUAGUGAUGAAAAGCUAGUCUGUGCUUAACAUUUAUGAGUUUCGGUGAAAACAUACAGAGCUCUCAAGAUAACAAAGGAAAGCUUAAUAACACUUACAUUUCUAUACUAAGGAUAUGCUUUCAAAAACGACACAAAACAAAGAAUAAUUAAGGCAGCUGAAGUGGAAUAAAGAAACUGGUUAUUCGACAGCGCCGAUUGUGAUAUGGGGGAUCGGGGCGCAACGGGGGGCGCUUGGGGUGCGCGCGACGAAGCCUCGUGGUGGCCGGGUGGAUCUGGUGAAAUACAGCACCAACAACAAUUGAAUGAAGAGAUUGCUAGAAGUACUGCUUCUGCAACUCAUCAAUUAUAUACUUAUAAAAUGACUGGUGGCUUUCCUAAUAAUGGUGCUGACAACUCAACGCCAGGUUUUGAUUACCGUAUAAUGACUGGUUCUAAUACACGGGAAGAAUCCCCUCAACAACCGUGGUGGUAUGCUUCAGGGUCAGUAGAAUCACAACAGACUUCGUCUCCCACGCCCCAAAACCAGUCUAGCCCUGAUUCUGAUCAAAGCAAUCAGGCCAACGGUCAAAUUCAACAAAACCAUCAGGCUCUACGGCAACAAGCACAAGAGCAGAAUCAAAUCCAACAGAAUCAAUUACAACAGCAGCUGCAACAACAACAACAAAACUUGCAACAGGCGCUCCAACAUCAGAGUCAGAAUCUGCAACAAACAUUGCAACACCAGCAGCAAACAUUGCAACAAAUGCUGCAGCAACAACAGCAGCAGCAGCAAAAUAAUCCGCAGCAAGCAAUACAGUUGCAAGUGAGCCAGGCCCAGGCCCAGGCUAUUGUACAAGCGCAGGCGGCAUUACAGCAGCAAGUGGCACAGUCGCUGCAGCAACAGCAGCAAACACUGCAGGAGCAGAUACAAGCAACACAGCAGCAACAAAUACAGGCUGCACUACAAAGGCAAUCUGCUACCUUACAGGAGUUACAACAGCAAGCUCAACAGCAGGCCCUCAUCGCACAAGCGACCAACAAAGGCAGGAUGCCGCGAGCGAAGCCCUACAACAAACCGCGUGGGAGGAUGACCGCGUAUGCGUUCUUCGUGCAGACCUGCCGGGAAGAACACAAGAAGAAACACCCAGAAGAGAAUGUUGUUUUCGCUGCCUUCUCUAAGAAGUGUGCUGAAAGGUGGAAUACAAUGUCAGAGAAGGAGAAGGAAAGGUUCCACGAGAUGGCUGAUCAGGACAAGAAGCGCUAUGAUCUUGAGAUGCAGAACUACGUGCCGCCCAAGGACGUGAAAGUGCGCGGCAGAAAGAGACAGCAACACAAGGACCCCAACGCCCCGAAGAGAUCGCUAUCGGCAUUCUUUUGGUUCUGCAACGACGAGCGUUCCAAAGUGAAGGCCAACAAUCCCGAGUACACGAUGGGCGACAUAGCCAAAGAGCUCGGCCGACGUUGGGCCGCGGCAGUCCCUGAGACCAAGUUCAAAUACGAGUCACUCAGCGAACAAGACAAAGCGAGAUAUGAUAGGGAAAUGACAGCCUACAAGAAAGGCCCUCUAGCUCUUGUUCAGCAACAACAACAAAAAGUUGACACCGACGAGGAGCUUGUGGAGUACGAAGGAGAGGAAGAGUACAAGUAAAUAGUCAUUCUCACUGUACAUUGUAUUACUUGCCUACUUGCGUCAGAAUGCGGGCCCGAGUUUGCUACUACAAUUCUGUCUUAGGGGUCGACCAAUGACAUGCAGUAAAAAAAAAACCGUUUAAUUUUAAUAAAAAAAAGAAAAAAAAAGUUGGUUUGCAAUCAGCAAUGCAUGUAAUUUUUUCUUAAAUAGCUCGAUAUGAACACGUAACCGAGCGAAAAGUUUGUACAACUUGAAGAGGCUCCUACGAUACAUGCUUGCCUAGUACCAACGGAAAUUUUGUCAAAUGUUUUUUUUUUUUAUUCCACUGCAUGUUUUAGCCUUUGACGGCAAUCUCACCUGCUGGUAAGUGAUGAUACAAUCAUAGGAUGGUAACGGGCUAACCUGUAUGGCAGUUAAAUUAAACCCAUACCCUAAAUCGGCAUUGUUAACUUUGACAACCUUCCUGGCCCAGCGGUGAAAGCUAUGGUUUAAAGUUGUGAGGUCCCAGGUUCGAUACCCGGCAGGGGUAAUUUGUUAAUGUCUGUAGUUUCCUGGUCUAAUCUGGUGUGAGGCUUCCACUGUGGCUAGUUACCACCGACUAAUACCGUUCGGCUACGAUGUCGCGUCAAUUUAAACGCCAUACCAGGUUAGCCCGCUUCCAUCUUCGAAUGCAUCAUCACUUACUAUCAGGUGCUAUUACUGUCAAGGGCUAACUUAUAGAGGAAUAAAAAAUAAAAUCGUACUGGUACGCUUUUGUCGUUAGUACUUUUUGCCAUUGUUCUACCUUUAAUACAAAUUUGUAUUAGCUAACUUAGGGCCCUGGGCGAGAACCCGACCGGUCGCGUAUGACGUCCCUUAAAUAUUUCCAGUUAACGUAUUGUGUAACAGGAUAGGUUGCCAAGCGGCCACUCCAUACAUAAUAUGUCACUUUACAACGACGUUGUACACUGUAUCGUAUGUUUUGUACGGAGACGACAGAACGUCACUGGUUUGCAACUGAUAAAUGUUACGUGAUUCGGAGCCGGAAAUGCGUUAAUCUAUUUUGUACCGUGAUUUUGUAAAUAUAUUGUGUUGAAAAUUAUGAAUUCGCAGAGCUCCGGACCGUUAUUUUUUUUGUAUGGAUAAUGUUUAGUACGGCAAUAAAGUAGUUCAUAUUUUUGUACAUUCACGCGCCAACAUUCUUUCUAGAUUAAUAUCUAAUCUUACCGCCUAUUAAAUAGUUUCAGAAACAUUUUUUUAAAUAUAUUUUACUACAUAUUCGUAGUUAUUUCUAAUGAUUGUUCUACAGACGAAUGAAAAUACUAGUGGCGCCAAAUUGUAUCAUUGCCACUGUAACAGGUUUUGUUAUUUAAGUAAUUUUGUUAACAUUUAAACUCCAAGGGCGUGUAGUAAUAGUGUAGAAUAUUUUUUAUUGAGUAAAAGGGUCAGAUUUCUCCAUUACAUAGGGAAAAAAUCCUCAUACAAAGUUACCGAAAGUAGGUCAGUAGUUGUGUGGUCUCGAGCCUUGCGAAAUCAGAGUUUUCUUAGUUGAUAUCGGAAUAAGCAAAAAAGGUUGUAGUACUUUUUACACACAAUCGAUUUUGUAUGGUUAGAAAUCGAUAUCGUUGGACUUGCAACCGGUUGGUCUACCACAUCUCAUGUACGGUCGUAGAGUUUUUGAAUACGGGUCCACCUGCAUUAAUUAUAGUGCUGACAGUGUUAAAUUCCUAAUUUAAAGUAAAACUAAUAAUUUUAAGUUUUAAUAAUUAUUAGGUUUAAGCAGGUGAUACCCAAGUAUUAACUUGUUCACUUUAUCGUUUCACAUUCGUGACCUCUUUGUGUUUUAUCGGUUUAAUAGAAAUAUGUAUGAUAACAUACAAAAAUAUAUUAAGCUUCGUGUACAACUAUCCAAUAUAUUCGCACAAUAUGCUUUAUGCAUCUGCGACUAAGGCCUUUACAUAAGUGCAAUUUAUGCUAUUCCGACCCCCUAAUAAUUUAUAUGUUAUAACGACGGAAUAGUUUUGCAGUGUUUUGUGUUUUCUUCCAGUGUUUUGACAGCACCUUUCAAAUGUCAGAGCGUGGUGGUAAAACAGUGCGUAACUCUUCCGACGUAAAGCCACGUUUAUUUGCAAGGCCGUAGUUUUACGUAAUAACAUUUUGUUUCAAGCUCGCAGAAAAUUUAUACAACUCUCUAAAAAAAAUGUAUGGCGGUCAAGAUGCAGACAGA